UGGAGGCUGGAGCCGUGUUCCUCGCGCGGUCUCGGGCAGCAAAACCCAACAACCCGCAACCGUGCACGAGGCAUCCAUGUACCCGGACCGGACCCCCUCAAUUCAAAUCCCCCCUCCGUCAUCAUCUCGUCUCGUCAUACUCCUCGCCCCCCACCUCCACCCCCUCGUGAUUAUCUCCCCGGAUUCCAAAUCCCAUCUCCGAUUCACUCGGCCCCAGAGCCGCCGCCGGGUUCUUCGCGCGGACGAUGGCGGGGGCUGCCGAGGGCGCCGGCGCGGAGGCGGUGGAGAGGGCGCACGGGCUCUACCGCGGCGGCCGCCACCGGGAGGCGCUGGAGCUCUACUCCGCCGCGCUGGCUGCGGCGCGGGGCCCCGCGCAGCGCAUCGCGCUCCACAGCAACCGCGCCGCCUGCUACCUAAAGCUCCACGACUUCCACAAGGCAGCACAAGAGUGUACAUCUGUCCUCGAGUUGGAUACGGAGCAUGCUGGAGCUCUGAUGUUACGUGCCCAGACUCUCGUCACUCUGAAGGAUUAUCAGUCAGCUCUGUUUGAUGUCAACAGGCUCGUUGAGAUAAACCCGUCGUCUGAAGUGUAUCGGAACCUGCAGGCACGAUUGAAGACACAGCUAUCACUGGCCCCAAUUCCUGAGUGCGAAGAGGAGUCCCUUUGUCGUGAAGAGGAAGACGAAGAACUUCCUCCACGAGUUCAGAAGACCGACACUUCUUCUAUCGCUAAGCCUGACCAACCAGCAACCAAACUGGUCCUCGAGAACAAACCUUCAGCUGGACCAAUUCUCCACAGAAAACCUGCAACUGAACCUCUAAAGGCUGUGGUUCCGUCCACUUCGCCUUCAAAACCCCAGGGUUGGGAAGCCAUCCCAAAACCGAAGAGUCAUUCAGGCCUUGACUACUCAAAAUGGGACAAAAUUGAAGAGGAUUCAAGUGAAGACGAGGACGAUGAGGAAGAUGAGCUGCCACAGUACAAGUUUAAAGUCAGAAGUGUUGGUGUGCGGUCUGUAAAGUGAACAGGGUUAGCAAUAGAUUCAGAGUGUGGUCUGUGUACAGUCUAAUAGAUGCCCACUGACUAGGGUGCCACUUAUUCCUCUUUAUUAGUUGAGUUAUUUGGAAUGAACAACUAUAUAUUGGUUGAUAUUUGCUUGAAUCAGAGAUAAGAGGAUCUCCAAGAGUCUCCCU